GAAGUAUCUUUGCUCAGAUAUGUCAACUGUUUCCAUUAAACAAUCCCCAGCUGUUACUUGCGAGUUUACGUUCAUUAAUAUUUAGUUGAAUCGAAGAAGUCAUUGUUCAGAGAAUAUAAUUGCUUUUUCAGUUAAUUAUCAUUUGUUUGUUAGCAGCUCUUUUAGUGCACUAGCCUUUUUUUAGGUGUAUUUCGACAGGUUGUUAGCCGACUAGCCUGCUAAAGCCUUCACUCUGGUUAACUGUUUUCACUUUGCAUAAACUUCGCUGAAUCAUGGAGCAAAUGGGCGUAUAUCCUGUGAAACUGUACAUUUACGACAUUUCCAAAGGAAUGGCCCGCCAGCUGGGUCCUGUAAUGCUUGGAAAACAUCUUGAUGGGAUCUGGCACACUGGUAUUGUGGUCCAUGGGAAGGAGUUUUUCUAUGCAGGUGGUGGGGAAGAGAGCAUCAUCAACUGUCCACCUGGUGGUACCGUCUUGGGUGAACCUGACUCCAUAGUGGAUCUGGGUUCCACUGAGGUACCUGCAGAGCUUUUUAUGGAGUACCUGUCUUCACUGGCAGAAUCCACCUACAGAGGUGACAAGUACAACCUGUUUGCGCACAACUGCAACACCUUCAGCAAUGAGGUGGCUCAGUUCCUGACAGGCAAGAAGAUCCCUUCGUAUAUUACAGACCUUCCAUCUGAAGUACUAGCUACGCCUUUUGGCCAGGCACUCCUUCCCUUACUGGAGUCCGUUGCCAUAAAUCCUGGAGACAACAACAUGAAUGGGCCGCGAUAGACAGAGUUAGACACAUUCAUGGACAUGCGGUGUUUUAACAGUUGAGGGGAGAGUUUAAAAAUUAAUCACUGAAGUGGUAACACCUGUACCAGAAGCUGAUAACUUGAUCUAGGUCAUUUUUACAGUUAACUAGCCAUCAUGUGCUUUUUCUUCUUUCCAGUUCAGUAUCUACAGAUUCUAUAUAUCAGUUGUUUUGGGCACACAAGUCUCAGUGGCCAAUGAAGUAAAAAAAAAAA